AUCCAAUUUCCAAUCUCGGUGAAGGGAACUCGCGGAUUCUUGUUGUCAUCGUCUCCGUUUUUUUUCCGGGGAUGGCCAUCUUUUUGGGUGGUAAUGGGGCCGGAUCGAGAAUUGGUCUUCGGAGUCUGGGUCCCGUCCCCCUCCUCCAAUUUCUGUUCUCGUCGGAUCUGGGAGUUUGAGGUGGGUAUCGUGAUGUCUGCGCCGCAGAAGAAAGGGUGAUCGGCUCGUCGCCCCCUUUCCGAGACGGGAGUUGCAGCGGAGUGGUCGUCUGGAACCGGAAGAGCGUGAUGGAGGUGCUACUGCCACCCACCCCUCUUUGCCUCCUGAUCUUGAUGAUCACGUUGUUCUUUGAGAAUGUAGCACCGGUAAAUUACCAAACCAGAUGGCGGUCUCCGGCUCGGUUUCUCUGCUUCUCGGUGGAUUUGGGUUUCGCGAGGAUCGACCGACUACAUUUGUCAUGUAAUUUCUGCUUCCGGUCGUGCAAAGAGGAGUCUAAAUGCUUGGCAUCACAGGAGUAAAUGCAAAGCCCACUCAGUGCUCGCGUACAUCCAUACAAAGACAAAAACCACAGCUUGGGAACUGGAAGCAACCUGCCAAAUAUAAAGCCGGGACGGAAAGGGACUCGGCCUUCUACUGCACCUCUUUAUUUAUUCAAGGGCAAAGAGGGUGGUCCAGAGCAACAGAUGUGAUGCGAUGGUAAGCUCUGUCUCGGGCAUCAUACGACCAUGUGGUUCCUCUACUGCUGCCGCGCAGCCGAUGCAGAAGGAAGAGGCAGAGGGUAAAGGAAAAGUUCACCGAUGGUCCAUAUCACUAUGUUUUGUCCAACCCUGAAGCAUCCCGAGGAUUUUAAUGACGAGCGAGCAAACAACCUCAAAUCAUACGAUGCGUGCAUCAUUAGAUGAGAAGAAGCACUUGUAGUUGGGCUCUUCUUCCACUCUCGCUCCUCCUUAUCUUCUUCCAUGUAUCAUCUGAAGGAGAAGUGUCCAUAGCUCCCAUGCAGAGGACAGAGCAAGAAGCUUUGUAUUUAGUUAUUCAAGACGUUGUUGGUAAACGGUGGAAUGGUUCACAACUUUAUCCCGAUCCUUGCGGAUGGACUCAAAUCCAGGGAGUGUCAUGCGAUCUGUUUGACGGGAUUUGGUACGUCACCGGCCUAAGCAUCGGUCCGCUCCUCGACGGCUCACUCGAAUGCGCAGAGGAUGCAGUGUUUAGUCCACUGCUAUUCGAGUUGAAGCAUCUCAGGAGGCUUUCCUUCUUGGGUUGCUUCUCUUCGCAUCGCCAGACCACCAUCCCCUCGCGCCACUGGGAGAAGCUAGCUGGAAGCUUGGAGACUCUGGAGUUUCGAUCGAAUCAAGGCCUCGUCGGUGAAGUCCCGGCCGACCUCGCUCAGCUCACAAGACUGCAGUCGCUGGUGCUUGUCGACAACUCCUUGUCUGGCGAGUUGCCACGGGAACUCGGCAAUCUGGCUCGGCUCAAAAGGCUAGCGCUCGCCGGGAAUCGAUUCUGCGGUUACAUCCCGGCUUCUCUUGGGAGCAACAUGGCCGAGCUGUUGAUCUUAGACCUGAGCAGGAAUUCUCUGACCGGUUCUCUUCCUUCCUCGCUCGGCCAUCUUGCUUCGCUCUUAAAGCUAGACCUGAGUCACAACCUCCUAAAUGGGAGUAUCCCAUCGGAGCUCGGAAGCCUCAGGAGUCUUACUCUACUCGACCUCAGAAACAACGAGCUAUCCGGUGUUCUGGCUCGGGCUCAUACUCUGCACCGCAUGGUCUCGCUCCAAGACUUGCUCCUCUCCGACAACCCAUUGGGCGGGAGUCUAUCGGAAGUCCAGUGGGAGAACCUCGCCAACCUCACCACCCUGGACCUUUCUCGUGCCAACUUAAGCGGAGCAAUUCCAGAAUCGAUCGCGGGGUUGAAGAGAUUAAGGUUCCUUGCGUUGGAUAACAACCGGCUCUCCGGCAGCGUUUCCCCCAAGCUUGCGACUUUGCCUUCUCUGACUGCGCUCUAUCUCAAUGGCAACAAUUUGACAGGGGAGCUCAGGUUCUCCGACGAGUUCUACCGAAGAAUGGGGAGGAGAUCCGCUUUUUGGGACAACCCAUACCUCUGCCAUGGUUCAGUGGGUAUGCCGACAGGCGUAGAACAAUGCAAACAAGCGCAGCAGACGACGUCUAAUCCAGAAGACAAGGCUGCAUACGAUGGGAACCCCGGUAAGAGUUGGAGCAUGUCGACCUCGUUUGGCUUACCGGCUUCUUCAAUUAGUGCUUGGUGGGGAGUAGGUGUUCGAGAGUCGGUGCUCGCGCUUCUUUUGGUCAUGUUGUUGGAGACGCUCUUAAUCAUGCAUCCAUAGACAACUUUCUUUUUUU